AUGAAGCUAUCCCGCGCCCUGACAGUCUUCCUCCUCCACCUUACGUCCACUGCAUUGGCAGCGGAUGUCAACGCAUGGAAGUCUCGCAAUAUUUACUUUGCUUUGACGGAUCGCAUUGCCCGCAGUAGCGAUGAUGCUGGUGGAAGUGCUUGCAGUAACCUUGGAGACUACUGCGGCGGGACCUUCCAAGGCUUGCAGUCCAAGCUUGACUACAUCAAGGGGAUGGGGUUCGAUGCUAUCUGGAUCACUCCCGUGCUGACCACCAUCCUUUCUCCAGAUGCUCCGGGUGGUUAUCAUGGUUAUUGGGCACAGGAUCUCUAUAGUAUCAACUCCAACUAUGGCACCGCUGAUGACCUCAAAAGCCUGGUCAAUGCUGCUCAUGAGAAGGCAAGUCUAGGAAUGUAUGUCAUGGCGGACGUAGUGGCCAACCACAUGGGAAGUCCCAUCAGCGAUAACAAGCCCGAGCCACUGAACCAGGAGAGCUCUUACCAUUCAUCCUGCACAAUUGACUACUCAGACCAGAGUAGCAUUGAAGAUUGCCGUAUCGCAUCAGACCUGCCCGAUGUCAACACAGAAAGUUCCGAAAUUCGGACCCUCUUCCAGGAGUGGAUCAGCUGGCUGGUGAAGGAAUACCAGUUUGACGGGCUGCGUAUCGACACGGUCAAGCAUGUUGAAAAAGACUUCUGGCCGGGCUUCUGCUCUGCCGCCGGCGUCUACACCAUCGGCGAAGUCUGGGACGGCGACCCAAACUACCUUGCUGGAUACGCAAACAGUAUGGACGCUGUGCUCAACUACGCAAUCUACUAUCCCAUGAACCGAUUCUACCAGCAACAGGGGUCCUCCGCCGACAUCGUCAGCAUGCACGAUCAAAUAACUUCCCUGUUCCCCAACCCAAGCGCCCUCGGCACGUUCCUGGACAACCACGACAACGCCCGUUGGCUGAGCCAGAAGAACGACGUCUCCCUGCUGAAGAACGCCCUCGCCUAUGUCAUUCUCGCCCGCGGCAUCCCCAUCGUGUACUACGGCACGGAGCAGGGCUACGCGGGCGGCAAUGACCCCGCAAACCGCGAGGACCUAUGGCGCAGCAACUUCGACACCGACGCCGACUUGUAUCAGGCCAUAUCCCGGCUCUCGGCGGCGAGGGCAUCAUUUGGCGGGCUUGCGGAUGACGACCAUGUCCAUCUGUAUGUCGCUGAUACGGCGUACGCGUGGAGCAGGGCCGGUGGGGACCUGAUUGUCCUCACAUCUAAUAGUGGAUCUGGCUCUGAGUCUCAGUACUGCUUCAAUUCAAAGAAGCCUGGUGGAUCAUGGAACAACACCUUUGGAACGGGAACAUAUACUGCUGAUGGUGACGGGCAACUCUGCGUCACCACCUCGAAUGGUGAACCCGUGGUGCUGGUUGCAGAUGUGUAG